GUAACAAGUUGUGGUCUCAUGGGUAAGUACAUUUUAACUUGGUGCGGUUUUGGCUUGCUCCCAUGGACCCCCAUGUGAUGCAAUUCAGUCACAUAAUUAACCUUUUGUAGUUGUCGAUAAAGUGUGACUAGCCGCUUUUCUACAUCUUAUAUAUAUGUCUAUGUAUGUGUUAUUAACAAUGGUCCACUUUAGGGUUAUUAUUAUUAUUUAACCUUCAUAAUCCUAAGGAUUUAAUUUCCAAGAAAAUAUAUAUUAAAUUCAAUUCAUUUGUCACAAAUUAAUUAAUGAUUAAACAUGUGAUGAUGAUGAGGAUAUAAUAUAUGAAGCAGGUGUUAUGUAAGUAUGUAACUAGUAUGGCAAUGAUUAUUGAUAAUGCUUGACCAUAAUAAAAAAUGAUAAGGUAGAUGGAGACUACCAUUUAAUUAUAUUUGACCAAUAAGGGGAUGUGUGCCACGUGGCAUCCCAUGCGCCAUUGCUUUAUCUUUGAGUGCGGCGUGGUUUGGUUCAAUUCCGGCAUCUACUUCCUUUUUCUUUUUCUAUGCUAUGCAAGUUUUCAACUUCUUCACACCCAAACUUUAUUAUUCUCUUCAAUAAUAACAAUGACAUACACCAACCAAAAUUCCAUAAGAAUUUUCUAGCUUUCUCUUGCUGAAUCAAACCAUAGUAGUAGUGCAAGCUUAAUUUUCUUCAUCACUUCUUCCAUCAUCUCUUAUGGUCCUUGGUGUCAGAUCAGACAGUGUGGUAGGUGUUCAAGUAUCCGAUAUUGCAGAUAUAUACCUAAGAGAGACAACCAUCAAAUCCAACAGUGGAGAGACUUAACAUCUAGGAAUUAAUUUCAUUACUAUUGUUGUCUGAUAUAGAUAUAUAUACAUGGAGGAACAGAUGAAAAUUAUUGAGAAUCAAAAGGUACUGAAAGUACAGCUAAACUCUGCAAGAACCAGCAGCAGCAACAAACAAUGAAAGAGAUUGACAUUUACAUAAGAUGAAUAACAGUAAUAGUCCAAAAGACCCAUCAGAUUUUCCACUAAAACAAGAGAGUAGUGAUCAUCAUCAACAUGAAAAGGCAUCAUCAUCAGCAGCAGCAGCAGCAGCAAAGGCUUCUUCAUCAUCAUCAUCAUCACAAUGGCUAAGGUUGAAGGAUCCAAGAAUUGUUAGGGUAUCAAGAGCAUUUGGAGGAAAAGACAGGCACAGCAAGGUUUGCACAAUAAGAGGGUUGAGAGACAGGCGUGUGAGGCUUUCAGUUCCAACAGCAAUUCAGCUCUAUGAUCUUCAAGAUAGGUUAGGGCUUAAUCAACCUAGUAAGGUUGUUGAUUGGUUGUUAAAUGCUGCUAAGCAUGAAAUUGAUGAGCUUCCACCUUUGCCACAUAUCAAUAAUCCCUUCACUAACCUUAGUGGUUUUCCAUCAUCAUCUUCUAAUUCUAUGAUCAAUACUAAUGAAGCUAGCACCUCAAUGUUCAAUAUCAAUAGGAGCAUUCAUCAGUGGCAAGGUUUAGCACAGAAUUAUUCUAAGUGGAAUAAUAACAAGUCAAAGUCAUCAUCAUCUACUAAACAAGCUUCAUCAGAAGAUAAUAAUCAAAUGGUUACUGAAGAGGAUAACAAUAACAAGGAAGAGGAGGAAGGUGAAGAAGAAGGUGCUAAUGUUGUUUCUACAACAAAUCAUCAUCAUCAUCCUUCAUUCCUAGGUUUGCUGAAUACUAUGCCAAUUGGUAACUACCAAUUUGAGCAACAUAACUCAUCAAAUGAUGUUAAUGUUGCUCAAUUGGGAAACCAUAAUCAUGGGUUUAUUACAAACCAAACAGAUUUGCAAAGCAUUAAUGUUGUGCCUUUUCCAUCAACAUUGUCCUUAUCAACUGGUGGGAACAAUAUAACACAGUCAUACUUCCCUUCACAUUCAUCAGAAGCAAUGGAUCCAAGACAAGAACAACAAAUCAAUCAUCAUCAUCAUCAGUAUCAUCAGAUGUUGACCUCUCAUCAUCUUCAUCAAAAUCUCUUGACAAAUAAUCUUCCAUCUUUCAGCUUGGCUAUGAUGAGCACUCCAAUCCUUCUCCACCAUUCUCACAACACAAGAGAAAGUAGUAGUCAUCAAUCUCAUCACAAAGAUCACCAUUUUCCUUCUUCCAAGUGAUGAUGAUUCUACAAGAAUUCAUGCAUGGUACAAAACUUAAUCCAAAUUUUAUUUCUUCUUCUUCCCUUUUAAAAUAUAUGCAUGGAUGAAGCUAAGGAGGAGUGUGAGGAAAAGCUCCAUUAGUGACAAGCUAAGGUUUGGUUGAAUAAUAACCAUGUCGUUUGUGAAUGCAUGUUUUUGGAUUUUCUACUUUAAUUUCUUGAAUUAAGUAGGGCUUUAUUUAUUUGAAUUUUUGCUCGUUUAGUUUGAAUCUUUUUUUUAUUACAUGUUGUUGAAUGGUCUAAUAAACUAAGAUUUUGGCUUUCUAAGAGUAGUUCUCUUGCAUAAUAACAAAGAGAACAAGUGCACACCUUGUUCAUUUUAUUUGUAAGACAUGGCACCAUUAUUUACAGUCUUAAU